GUCGUUAAGUGUUUUGACCUGGAAAAAAAUGAUAUAGAGCUGAAACUUGGCACACUUACUCCAUUUUAUAUGUAGAUUACCAGAAAAAAAAGCCCCAUCGAUAGCAUUUGUAGAAAAUGAGAUAUGCGCCAUUUUUAAAAAUGGUGGAUUUCCAAAUUUUUCAGAAAACGAAAGCUGGUAAAUUCGAAAACUAAUUAAACUAUUGAAAAGAACUUUCGAUUUGGAACAAAAAAUAUUAUUACAUCGACUUACAAAAAUCAUUAAUUGUGGGGGGGGGGGUAGGUAAUUUUCUGAAGAAAAAAAAAAUUAGAAAGAACCCGACAAUGCAUACAGUUAUUUUCUAAUUUAUCAAUGCUAGAUAUUUAGAUCUAUUUUUAGUUUUUUUUCAGUUAUUUUACUUAUAAAAGGUCAGAAAAGAAGUUUGCUUUAUUAGAAAACGGAAGAAUUGAUAGAUAAGAAUAGAAUAUAAAAGAAUAGUUUUUUAAAUAGAAAACUGAAAAGUAUAGAUGGAACAAUGGCUUCAAACAUGGAAUCUUCAUACACGUCAGUCUGGUAGAUACAAUUAUUCUAUUAUUGCAUGAUAUGAAAGAAUUGAUUGAAAGUGAAAUCAAUCCUGGCGACAAGUAUCCGUCUUUUUUUUAUAAGAUUUCUUAAAUUAUCUCAGAAGCGAGGAUGAGGUGUUCUUAAUAUUUUCUUCACUUCGACCUGCGUAAACAUUGAAUUCUCAUUAGAAAAGAUUCAAAAAAAAGAAACUUUGGACAUACGAGCCUCGUGAUUUUCUAAACAUUUUGGUUUUUUUUUAAAAGAAGCCGAAACAAACAACAAAAAAAGCCGUUGUAACAGUUGCCGAUGAUACCGAUGUCGCAAUGAUGCUUCUAUACCAUUGGCAAGAAUAUCAUGGAGAUGUUUACUUCUUUCAAGAGAGGUUGGAUAAAGCCUGGAACAUGAAAGUUGUCUGUCAGAAAUGGAACCCUAUCCGACAGCAUAUUCUUUUUGUACAUUCGUUUUCCGGCUGUGAUACAACAUCGGCACCUUUUGGAAAGGGAAAAAAUAACUUGCUGUCAUUGGUCACAAAGAACAAAACAUUGCAGAUUGUCUCAGACACAAUGGGUGAUGUUUGGGCAGACAACAGAGAUGUCGAAGAAGCUGCCAUCAAAGCGUUUCAAAUCAUUUAUGGUGGUAACGACUUGACUGAUUUAUGCAAACUUAGAUACCGGAAAUAUCUCGAUAUGUGUUGGAAAGGAAAAAUUGAUCCUGAAAAGAUGCCACCUACGGAAAGUGCUGCUAUUCUACACGGUUUUCGAGUUCAUCUACAGAUAAUGAAUUGGAAGAUAUUAGAGGAAGAAGAGCUUAAGCAAAUUGAUCCAAGCAAAUGGGGCUGGAAAAUUGAAAAUUCUCAAAUGAUGCCAAUAAAGACAGAUAAACAAGUCGCCCCUGAUAGCCUCCUAAAAAUCAUUAAAUGCAACUGCAAGGCUACUUCGAAGUCACCCUGUUCAACAAAUUUGUGUUCAUGCAGAAAACAUGGUCUGAGCUGUAUGCAGUCUUGUGGAGAAUGUCACGGUGAAACAUGUGAAAAUAAAGAGGUAUUCGAUGGUGAUAGUAACGUCGAAGAUGAUUUGGAAGAUGAAGAAGAGAAUAGAAACAUUUUUGAUAUAUUUGAUGCAUUUUGAUUUUACAUAAUUUGUAUACAUAUUUUUACUUUUUUAAGAUGAAAACUAUUAAAGAAAGUCCAUGACUUUAAAAAUAUUGAUUUUUGAGAGUUGGGUUGAUAAUACUUUUUGUUCUAAAUUGACUGGUUCUCGAAUUGACCAACUUUCGUUUUCUCGAAAAUUUGGAAAUCCACCAUUUUUAAAAAUGGCGCAUAUCUCAUUUUCUACAAAUGCUAUCGAUUGGGCUUUUUUUUCUGGUAAUCUACAUAUUAAAAGGAGUAAGUGUGCCAAGUUUCAGCUCUAUAUCAUUUUUUUCCAGGUCAGUGUGUUUUUUUUACUUUAACGACUGGACUAAUG